AUGCCCCAUGUCCGUGGUGUUGUAGCGGGCGGCGCCUCAGCUGAGCGCGUUGGAUCGUUGCAGAAUGAUGUGGAUGCACCGACGCCGCCUCAGGAGGAGACUGCCUCACUACACUCCGGGAGCAUCGCGCACAUCGGCAACUGCGAGUGUACGCCGUCCACCGCCAUCGGGGCCGCUUCGCCGCCCAGGAACUGCAGGGGCGCCCCGCUCUCCGGGAGCUGCGAGGUCACGGCCUGCUCUACGCUCGCCGGGAGCUUCGCGAACGUCGGCAACUUCACGACCAGCGGGAACUCUUGCGGGCCAGAAUUCCCCGCCAGGUCGCGUGCUUGCGGAGACGCCCUCGCCCGCACGGCUUCGCGACUCCCCCAGCUCGAGCCGAGGGCGUAG